CUUGAUAUAUUGUUAUUAUUAUUAUUAUUAUUAUUAGUAUUAUUAUUAUUAUUAUUUAUAUUAAUAGUAUGAAUUACAGUCCCACUUGUUUAACUUUCACAAUCACCUAGAAUCAUCCUUCUAAAACAUCAUCAUUGCCAUCGUUAAUCAUCGCGAACGCGUUGUCAUCUAUAGACAACUUAAUAGCCUUUUAAAUGAAAGAUCAAACUUCUCAUGCUUCUAUUUUAUAUCACCGUGAAGAGUUGUAUAAGGCGACGUUUUAAAAUUAAGAUUAUGCACACCACAACAUCUUGUAUUUUAACUCGAGUAAUAUAAAGAUGUAACAUGUAUGUCUACCAUCUCUCAGUGUCUUUUCAGAACCGAACACGUGCUCCCUGCUGUUAAAAAAGAAAAAAAAGAAGGGAAAGAAAGAAAAAAAUUAAUAAUAGACAAAGUAAUUUAUAAAAGCAAGGCUAUUGAUAUACAUACAUACAUACAUACAUAUAUAUAUAUAUAUGUAUAUAAAUAUUGAUUAUAUAAUCGAUGAAUUCAUAUGUUCGUUUCAAUAAGAACUAUGUAUGUAUAUGGAGGAGCGCGUGUGGCCUCGUCUGGUUCAUUAUUGCAUAGUUUCAUUUAUUAAUUCUUUGUUGUUUUUAUUAAUUUAUUUUGUAUUAGUAUCAUUACACCAAUUAGUUUCUAAUUAGUCUUUUUAUCACAUAGAAUUUUUAAUGUACUAGAUACGUAAGAGUCUCUUUGUAAGGAAUGUACAAAAAAAUAUGUGCGCACGUAUGUCGCGUGUAUGAUAGAUAUCGAAAGAAUAUUUUCAUUGUUUCGUUUGAAAUAAUAUUGCAAAUUUUUAUUUUCUGUCGUUUCGAAAGAAUGAGUGACGUCAACAUCACAUUCUUUAAUUAUAAUUUUUUUUUGGAAAAAUAAAACAAACGUAUGCUACUUAUCGAUCGUACUCGACGUUUGAAAUGUAAAUUGAAAUAUAAAAUAGUUAUAGUAUGUUAUCGCCAGGCGUCGCUGCUAAUUCAUUUUAGUCUUCGAUGAUGGCGCUACGAUCGCAAUUAGAUUCAAAUUACUCGUGCUUUAUACUUCACGAUGUUUUUAUUUUAAGAUGAUGUUUAAACUCGCGUUUACACGUGAUUCUUAUAUCUUAUUUAUUUAAUGAAAAUGUUAAGUACAUAUACAUACAUAUAUAUAUCGUGUAUUUAGACAAGUAUAAUAUUUAAUGCGAUGUAGCAUUUUUAUUAGAAAAUAUUUCUAUGAAAAUGUAACCUAUACCAUACUAUUAGUUAUUAUGUUCCGGAAACACAUAUACAAAGUUUUAAGUGUGUUAGGAGUUACAUUACAGUAUGCAUGCAUCACACACUGUGCGUUUGAAUAUAUCGGAGAGUUUGUAGUGUGUUCUGGUCCAUCUAUGGAGCCAACGAUACAUAGCAAAGAUAUAUUAUUUACAGAACAUAUAAGUACAAGAUUAAGAUGGUAUAAGAAAGGUGAUAUAAUCAUUUCCAUAUGUCCUUCCAAUCCUAGGCAACAUAUUUGUAAGAGAGUAGUAGGUUUACCCGGGGACAGUAUACGACAUGGAUUUACCACUCAUAUCGUACCAAUCGGACACGUUUGGCUAGAAGGAGAUAAUAGCAGUAAUUCUACAGAUUCACGAAUCUACGGGCCAGUUCCACAAGGAUUACUUCGUGGUCGUGCCAUAUGUAAAAUAUGGCCGUUGUCCGACAUCGCACUUUUUACGAAAUUGUAACGACAUUAUAGUUCUCCCUCUUUCUCUCUUUUUUUUUUU